AUGAGCUUGGUAUGCUCACUUGUUGUCGUCCUGAUGAUCGUCCUUGUGAGCGCCGGCGAUGAGGCCGCGUUGCUUGCUUUCAAAUCGCAGCUUAGCCAUGGUGGCUCGCUAGCCUCCUGGAACGGCAGCACUGACUUUUGCAGCUGGAAAGGAGUGACGUGUAGCCACCGCAGGCCAGCGCGGGUGGCGGCGCUGAGAUUGAACGGCGCCGGGCUCGUCGGAGCACUCUCCCCAGCCAUUGGGAAUCUCACGUCCAUGCAGAUGCUCGAACUAGGCUCCAACUCGCUCCACGGAGACAUUCCGGCGAGCCUCGGCCGACUCCACCGCCUGCAGAGGCUCUACUUGAAUUACAACUCCUUCUCUGGCACAUUCCCUGCUAACUUGAGCUCUUGCACCAGCAUGACCGAAAUGAGACUGGACUACAACAAGCUUGGCGGGCACAUCCCGGCUGAGCUUGGCGAGAAGCUCACGUCCCUGACAAUAAUCUCGCUGAGAAAAAACAACUUCACAGGGGCCAUCCCGGCAUCGAUGGCCAACCUGUCCAAUCUACAGUUCCUUGAACUCACUGUGAACCAGCUCAUUGGUUCAAUCCCAUCAGGGCUGGGAAGCAUCCGGAGCAUGCGUUUUUUCACUCUCUAUGCAAAUAACAUCUCUGGUACGCUUCCACCUUCUCUCUACAACUGGUCAUCCCUGGAAGUAUUUGGUGUAGGGUCAAAUAUGUUGUACGGAAGCAUUCCGGAUGAUAUCGGAAGCAAGUUCUCCAAGUUGAGACAUCUUGGCUUGCUUAAUAAUCACUUCACAGGAACCAUCCCUUCCUCAAUAUCCAACAUAUCUUCCAUCCAAGUACUUAUGCUCGCGUCAAACAAAUUUAGUGGCAGACUGCAGCUAUUGGCAUUCAGCAACAAUGCUUUUGAAGGACAACUGCCAGGUUCAAUUGUAAACCUCUCAACGACUCUCCAGUCCUUAUACUUUGGUGGAAGUAUGAUCUCUGGAAUUAUUCCUGCUGACAUCAGUAAUCUGGUUGGUCUCAAUGUUCUUGAUAUAGCAGCUACCUCUAUAUCUGGAGUGAUUCCAGAUAGCAUCGGUAAGCUAGAGAACUUGGUCAACUUAAACUUGAUCAACCAUACCUUGUCUGGUCUCAUACCUCCAUCGCUAGGAAACCUUUCACAAUUGAUUAGCCUUCGUGCACGUGAUUGCAAUUUGGAGGGGCCAAUUCCAGCAAGCCUGGGAGAGUUGAAAAAUAUCUUUAUGCUUGAUUUGUCAAGGAAUUUCCAUCUUAAUGGUUCAAUACCAAGAGAGAUUUUGAAAUUAACCAGCCUCUCUUUGUAUGUGGACUUGUCAUACAAUUCCCUUUCUGGACCCAUUCCCAAUGAAGUUGGUAGCUUGUCAAACCUUAACCGACUUAUUCUAUCAGGAAACCGAUUGUCUGGCGAGAUACCUGAUAGUAUUCAGAAUUGCAUAGUGUUGGUACUGCUAUCAUUAGAAAAUAAUUCAUUCGAGGGAGUCAUAUCUCGAUCACUGGCAAAUAUAAAGGGGCUCAUUAAACUAGACCUCAGCAUGAAUAAGUUCUUUGGUAAUAUUCCUGAUGCCCUUGGUAAUAUUGGAAACCUGCAAGGACUAUACCUAGCACAUAACAACUUGUCAGGGUCAAUCCCGUUAGUCCUACAAAAUUUGUCAUCAUUGUCUGAACUGGAUAUAUCCUUCAAUAAUUUGCAAGGCGAGAAUCUCAAACCAAGCCAGAAUACAGUAGCACAAAAUUCAAUUGUUGGUGACCGUUACAAUAGAAUCCCCUAUCAUGCAUUAUGGAAAGGAACUAACGGAUUUUCAGAAGCCAACUUGCUUGGGAGAGGAAGUUAUGGUGCAGUUUAUAAGUGUGUUUUGAACACUGAAGAAAGAACAUUGGCUGUCAAGGUUUUUAAUCUUGGUCAAUCUAGGUAUUCAAAGAGUUUUGAGGCUGAGUGUGAGAUCAUGAGAAGGAUGCGACAUCGUUGUCUCAUUAAGAUCAUUACUUCUUGUUCGAGCGUCAACCACAAAGGUCAGGAGUUCAAGGCAUUGGUUUUUGAGUUCAUGUGCAAUGGUAACUUGGAUGGUUGGCUUCAUCCAGAAUCUCAACAACCUACUACAAACAACACACUCAGCCUUGCUCAGAGGCUUGAUAUUGCUGUCGGUAUUGUGGAUGCAAUAGAAUAUCUACACAACUACUGUCAACCAUUGGUAAUCCAUUGCGAUCUCAAGCCAAGAAACAUUCUUCUUUCUGAAGACAUGAGUGCACGAGUUGGAGACUUUGGCAUAUCAAGGAUUCUGCAAGAAAAUACAAGCAAGGGGAUGCAAACUUCAUAUAGCUCAACUGGAAUUAGAGGUUCCAUAGGCUAUGUUGCUCCAGAGUACGGUGAAUGCUCUGCUGUCUCAACAGCUGGUGAUCUUUAUAGUCUUGGCAUAUUAUUACUUGAGAUGUUUACCGGAAGGAGCCCAACAGAAGGCAUGUUCAAAGAUUCUUUGGAUCUGCAUAAGUUUGUUGAGGAUGGAAUCCCAAACAGAACCUUGGAGAUAGCCGACCCAACAUUGUGGCUGCACAUCGGACGACACAAUAACACUGCCAAUAUUAGAAUCCAGGAGGUAUUGGUUUCGGUCUUAAGGCUUGGCAUAUCAUGCUCAAAGAAACAACCUCGAGACCGAGCACUGACAAAAGAUGCAGCAGCCGAGAUGCAUGCAAUCAGAGAUGCAUACCUCAAGUUUACAGGGGAACAUGGACCAGAAAGAGAAGCCUCAACUCUAGAAAAUUCAGAAUAG